AUGCUCCCGGCGCCCCUGACCAAGCGGAACACCGACGUGUCGCCGGAGCGCUCCCUGAUCAGAGGUUCUCAACACAAGCGGAUGCAGUCCCUUCAACCUGGAUCGGUCCGGGACCUUAGUUUGCUCCUUGAAAGUGGUCAGCAAUCGAACCCUCCAUCCCCGACCAAGUCUCCCGAUCGAGCCGCCCGACCUUCUACUCCGGCCUCCAAAAGAAGAGAUAGCUUCUCGGACGCAAGAUCGGACAAGGAAGCCACUACCCCUUCGUCAGCCCCGAGUCUGACACCAAUCAUUCGUCCAACCGUCAAGAGGCAGCAGCAGAGCAUCCUUGGCGAAAACACACCACCUCAGUCUGCGACGAUGCUCGCGAUCCAGAACAUGCCGCUCCACGGCCCCAAGGAACCAGAUACCGCCCCGUCUAACCCGAAUAACGGCUCCACCGCUCUUGUCAAAUCACCCCAAUCCGUGGACGCCCUUUCCGGGCAAAUUCUCAGCCUCACGAGCAUCGCUACGGCUCUUCAAAAGGACAUGGCACAGCUGAGUCGACGAAGUCGGGACAAUGCCACCGACUUGCUUAGCCUCAAGGAAGCAACAAAAGCUAGAGACGAGGAUAUUCGCAAGAGCCUGCGCGAACUCAUCAACAAUGCCCACGACUCGACGACGAGGCCGUCCUCUCGCGAUCCGUUCGCCAGUGGCCUGUUUCUGGACACCAAGUCCCAUCAUACUUCUCCGCCCGCCUCCAAGACUUCCCGCCCCUUUUCGCUCCCCAGGAUUCCGUCCCCCAACAGCUUCGCAGCGUCAAUCGAUAGAGAUAGAGACAACAUCAGCACUCCGUCUCUCUGCAACUCGGAAUCUCCUGCUACAAUAGCGAUACUUGAUAAGAUUAUCAGGGACAUGGGAACGAAGGAGGGACACGAUCUUCUGCUAGCCCGUCUCACCGAUGUUGCCGAAAAGCUCGCCGGUGUCGCGCCAGCUUCCAAGGUGGACGAGCUGAUAAAUCUUGUCAAGAGCAGACCUGACGAUGCCAUUGUAUCGCGAGGGCACGGCGGCGGCGGCAGCGGGAAUCGACCUCGCCCGGCGGGUUUUGACGACGACGAAAACAGUACCGACUUCGACUUCGACCCCGGCUACUCUAGCCAACUGACCCACAGAUCUGAGCGGAUAAUGCACAAUGAGCCAGCCUCAAGGUCUGCUACAGCACCCACCAAUGCCUCUGAUCUGGUGAGCGAUGAGGUUCUGAAAAUUAUCCGCACCGUCAAGGACAGCGUCGCUCAAGGCGGUGGACUGACUGCGGAAGUCAAGGCUCUAGUCAGAGAACUUCGCGGCGAGGUGUUGGGAAUGGGACGAGAGAUCGGUAGAAAGUUGGACGAGGCCAACACGCAGGUCGCGUCUGCAGGGCCUCCAGCAACGAAUGACGAGAUGUCAAAGAUUGUUCACGAAGGUCUUGAACGAAUGCGGGAGCAUAUGGAUGAGGUACUACGGGAUCAUCGAAGGCAAUCCGCAAACUCGAUCUCCUCAAGAGACAGCGCUGUCGACUACCAGGAGAUCUACAACGCCAUGAGGGCUGCCCUACGAGACUCGCAGGCAUCACAACCAAAAGCCCCAGAAAUGAGCCGGGACGAUGUCGUCGACGCUGUCAGGGACGCCUGGGAGAACUACAAGCCCGAGGUCGAGAACCACGACCUUGGCCUUGGACGCGAAGAGAUCUUGGAAUAUCUCAAAGAGGGCCUUCAAGACUACGUCAAGAAGGACCAACACCCCAUUGGAGCAUCCAGAGACGAGGUGUUCCAGGCAGUGGUCGAGGGCCUCAAGCAUUUCGUGCCGCCGCGCGUGGAUACGCCAUCCAGCCUCUCUCGAGACGAGAUCCUUGAUGCAGUUCGCGAGUGCCUGGAAGAGUUCGAAUUCCCCGUCGCACCGUCAGCCUUUAAUCAGGAGCUGACGCGGGAAGACGUGAUCCACGCUGUCAAGGAAGGCCUCAACGAAUACGAUCUACCCACGACCGGCUCCCUGGUUCCACAUCAAACCAACAACGAUGAGAUCGCGUCAAGGUUGCAAGAAAUUCUCGACUACAUGCGCGGCGAGUUUCGAGCGGCAUCUCAGGAGGCAAAGCAAAGUGUUGCAGCCAGCGGGCGUGACACGGAACAGCUCUUGCAUGCUACAAAGGACGGCAUGGACAAGUUGCGGGCCGACAUGCAGGACUACAUGGGCCAUCUCGCAACCGGCGCAACGAACCAGGAUGAAAUCACACAGACAUUGCUAGGCACCUUGGACGCCUUCAGGGACGACAUGGCCGCUUUGGUUGAUCGCGUUUCGGACGAGUCCAGAUCGACGAUCGAGGGCCACAUGGAGUCUCUUCGAGACACUGUGAACUCCUCCAUGGUGCCUGUCACUCCCCAGAUCAACCAGAAGGAGAUCAUUGAAGCUGUACGAGAUGGUGUGGAUAGCGUGCGUGCUGAGCUGCGCCGCCCGUUCGCUGGCGUCACAGAAAUCUUGGACGCUCUGCACGAUGGCCUGGCAGAUCUGCGCAUCAGCAUCGACAAGGUUGGCAAUCGCCCGGCAGAUCUGACUGCCAACGACGAAAUCUUGGAUGCCCUCAAGUCCGGACUCGACAGUGUUCGCUCGGAUAUUGAUGGACUUCGAGACCAGCAGGGCCAAAACGACAAGGCACUGACUACAAUGAAUGACGGCGCGGUUGUCCCUGCAGACACACUGAGGCAAGACGACAUCAAGAAUCUUGAAGUCCUCAUUACACAACUUCGAAUCAAGAUUGAGGCGAUGGAGCCGUCCAAUGUCGAGUCGGUCUCCAAGGGUGACCUCGUGCAAAUGGAAAACCUACUUCAUUCCCUGCAGGAAUCCGCGUCCAAAGACGACAUUCUACGCCUUGAGGAUAUGCUCCGACUUGUCCAAGAAUCUGUAUCCAAAGACGACUCGACUAGGGUCGAAGCAGCCUUGCCCAGCGCCCAGGAAUCCGUUUCCAAAGACGAACUUGCACGUCUCGAGGAGGUGCUUCUUAGCAUCCAAGAUUCAGUCAAACCGAAGGAGGCGGCCAACCCGGCCAGUAUUGAAGCGGCGUCAAAAGAAGACGUCCAGGCUAUCGAGACCAUCCUGCGCAACACCAAAGGCCGACUUGACGACCUCAUCGACGGUGACCAGGCAGUGCGCAAAGAACACCUCGACAGCUUGGAAAACAUCAUUCUCGAGACGAGGGAAACAAUCACUCUCAUCACCACCCAGAUGGACACCGUCUCUCGAAGGGAAGAUCUGACGAGCGUCGAAUCUCUGAUUACACAGGUGGCUGCUGGCUUUGAAGAGAUGAAGGACAAUGCCUCAAAGCAGUUGGAAGACCCCGAGCGUGUUACCAAGACCGAUGUCGAAGCUGUCGAGGCUGUCUGCCUGGAUAUCAAAAACGUAUUCGACCAGAUGCUGAAGGCGGAUCUUGCGACGCUCGCCACGAAGGAGGAUCUCAAAAAGACGGAGACGGCGUUGGAAAAUCUAAAGGCUCCCGUAGAGGGCCUCAAGGGUCCCAUUGAUGAGCUGAAGAAUGAACUCAAGGCCCCUCUGGAGGAGCUGAAGGCUCCCUUGGAAGACCUGAAGGCCCCCUUGGAAGAGCUCAAAGCGCGACUCGAUGCCCUCACUGAUUCCCAAGUCAAGAGCAGCGAGGAGCGACAAGCCGAAAUCGUUGGCGUCGGUGAGAGGGUCUCCGAAGUCAAGACAUUCCUGGAGGAGUUCCAAAUCCUGGUGAAGAGCAGGCUAGAGGAUGGUGUAACUGGUGUUGAGACACUUGCCAAACUUCUCGAGGGUGUUUCAACCACGGUGGGCCAAAAUGCCAGUAUUGGCCAGGAGCUGAAAGAUUUGUCUGACACCAUGAAGAUGGAGUUCGAAGAAUCUAAGGCUGGCGUUGUCGGGGCCAAACUGGAAUCGGACGAGAAACUCCAGCAAACGACCGAAGCCCUAAGCACCAAAAUCGACGAGAAGAUCACGGAGCUGAUGACCAAAUACGACGAGUUCCAGGCUGCUCUCGAGGAUCGCGCCAAGGCAGGGGAGGCUCGAGACGCCGACACCGAAGCUGCCGUUCUGGGUACAAAGGCCGUCGCGGACGAUCUAAAGUCGCUCGUCGAUACGCUGGGCUCAGCCGUGACUGACUCGAUGGAAAAGAUGGAAGAGGCAUCCAAAACAGUGUUCAACAGGGUAGAGGACCUCAUGACGAAGUCUGAGGAAAACCAUACAGAGGGCAAAGCUGAGCAUCAGCAAACUCGCGAUCAUCUGAAGCAGGCUCUCGACGCUUUUGAGGGCCUUCAAGGACAAGUUGGCGAAUCGCAGCCACAGAUACUCGAGGCCGUCAAGAACAUCUUGCUUAUUGUUGGCCAACACUACGACUACGCUCAGACAUCAACAAACGACAUCCAGCAACGCAUCGAGGAAGCCAAGCCGCCCGAGCACGCCCUCCUUCCACCGCCUGAGAAGUACUACGACGACACUAUGGUGCUCGAAAAGCUGGACAAGUUGGUUGACCAUGCCAUGGCCCCUGUUGACAAGUACGAUGAUGCCACAGUCCAAGAGAAGCUGGACAAGAUCGUUGAACACGCACUGGUGCCCAUCGAAAAGUACGACGACACACUGGUCCAGGAAAAACUCGACAGGCUGGUCGAACAUGCCCUCGUGCCCGUUGAGAAGUACGAUGACGGCUUUGUCCAGGAGAAGCUUGACAAGCUUGUUGAACAUUCCCUGGUGCCGAUUGACAAGUAUGACGACGUUGUCGUCCAGGAGAAACUCGAUAAACUUGUCGAGCACGCAUCUCAACCGGUCGAGAAGUAUGACGACACAGCAGUACAUGAAAAGCUUGACAAGCUCGACAAGCUUGACACGGACAUGCAUGAGAAGCUCGCCAACGUCGAUACCGGUGUUCAUGACAAGCUCGACAAGCUUGACAUGGGCGUCCACGAGAAGCUUGAUAAACUCGAUUUGGGUGUAAAUGAGAAGCUUGACAAACUCGACAUGGGCGUGAACGAGAAACUUGAGAUGUACGAUCUGGGCUUGAAUGAGAAACUCGACAAACUUGACACAGGGAUGAACGGAAAGCUCGUUCAACUUGACACGGGCUUGAACGGCAAACUUGACCAACUCGUGGAGCACUCACUCCUCCCGGUCGAAAAAUACGACGACGCGCCAGUCCAUGAGAAGCUUGACAAGCUGGUCGAGCUUUCAUUGAUUCCUGUUGAAACAUACGAUGAUGCAGCCGUCCAUGGCAAGCUUGACGAACUUGUCGAUCGUGGCCACGCAGCGGAAAAGGCAUUUGCUCAACUAGAGACUCUCGAAAAGGUCCACCAACAGGUCAUCCAGACGGCCGCAGAUAUCUCGCUAUUUCUCUCCAGUCAGACAAAGAGAAUCGCGGAGGAGGAGGAAGACCGGGAGAAAACGUUGCAGGCGACCACCAUAGCCCUGGAGCGCCAGCUCGCUCUCAAGGAGCAGAUCCAGGAGAACAUGCUGGAUCUCAAGCAAGAAGAAGAGCGACUCAAGGCAUCCGUGCUCGGACUGCGAAAUGAGCAAGAGAGUCUCAUUAGGCAGAAGACAAGACUGACAGCCGAUGUGUCGUCUCUCGAGACGGCCUUACAUCUGCGCCGCGAGGAGCUGCACGACAUGGAAACUCGCGCGGAAGGGUUGGAGCGCCGCAUCUUGGAGGGUGUGAUGGAUCAUUCUCGCGUCCUACUGAUGUCAAAGGCAACCAAGGGGCGCGACGCUAUGAGUCGAAAGCGUGUCCAGGCCCAGAAGCCAAGCCAAGAGUCCGGUGCCCCUGAAAAGACGUCGUCGCCGGCUGUCAACCUAGCUCUGUCUGCCAAGCGCAACCUAAAGCCACCGGCGCAGACGGGUACCGCUCGUCGCAUCCUGUCGCUCAGUCAGAUCACAAACAAUGUGCCAACUGGAGGUGUUCAGCGCAGCCAGAGUGUGAGAACUGCCGGUGCUGGGGGUAAAGGUCUCCGAAAGUCAAGCUGGGGUGGCGGCUUCGCCAAGGUCUACGGGGAUCUGGACAAGGAGAACCUGACGUUGAGGGAGACGGAGGAGGAAAAUCUGCCCAGUCCCGCACCUGUCGGAGAUGCCAUCCUCGUCACCGAGACCCAGGUGAGCAGCGACGAUACUAGCGAUACCGAGACUCUCCGUCGAAGCAGUCGAGGCACUACCGUCGUCACAGAGAGCACCGGGGAUGACCACGGUGACGGAGACUACUCGGAUUAUUAUGACGACAUUCAAAGUGACCUGCAGAGCGAUCUGCAGAGUGACUGGACGGAGAGCGUCGUAAGCUCGAACCUCAGCCAGGAGACACCUGCAAAUGAGGUCAUGGUGCUCGAAAACUGA